AUCUUUCUCUUUGUAAACAGAAUUUGGUAUACCAUUAGGCUAAAAGCAGUCAUGGAAGAUGAUGAGUCGUACGUCGUUGGUUCUGGACAGAGUAACAGGAAGUCGAAGAAAAAAUUUACUCGUGGAUCAAUCGUCAGAAUUGCUGCGAAAGAUUUUUUAACAUAUGACAGCUUCCAGUUCUCGUUGAAUCCAAAGUUGAAUGUUAUUAUUGGUCCAAAUGGCACCGGUAAAUCCAGCAUUGUUUGUGCAAUAUGUCUAGGAUUGGGUGGAAAGACAAACUACCUCGCUAGAGCCAAAGAUGUCGGAGAAUAUAUUAAAUAUGGACAAACCAAAGCAAUCAUCGAAAUUGAACUAUAUGAUGAACCUAAAAACAUCCUAAUCUGUCGUGAAAUAGUAAAGCACACAAAUUCAAAUAAAUCAACAACUUCAUGGUACAGGGAUGGAGUAUUGGUAUCAGCGAAAAUUAUUGAAGAGACUGUAAGCGGCUUGAACAUUCAACUUUCCAAUCUAUGUCAGUUUCUUCCGCAAGAAAAAGUUGCUGAUUUUGCGAAAAUGAAUAAAAUUGAGCUUCUGGAGAAUACUGAACUGGCGGUUUGCGAUCCCCAAACGUACAAAGACCACAUGUCACUCAAAGACUUUCGAGGAAGUGAAAAACAACUUCAAACAAAACAUUUAUCGGAAAUUGAGAAUCUCGAUAUGAUGAAACGAAAAAAUGAGAGAAUGGAACAGGAUGUUGUAAGAUUCAAGGAGAGGAAGAAUCUUCUUGAAAAAGCUGCAGACUUGGAGAAGAAAAGAGCUUGGACGGUUUAUGAAGAUGCACGGAAGAAGUUUGUUGAACUCAAACAACAUUGGGAGCAAGUGAAAAAAGAAUGCAAUGAAAUCAAGAAAGAUUCUGUUUCCUAUGAAAAAGAACUCGAUAAAUCUGCAAGAGGAGCAGAAGAAAUCAAUCAAGAAAUGAGAUUGAAGGGUGAAAAAUUAAAAGCAGCGGCAAAUGCAACCAAGAAAAUUCACGAUCAAAUAAGUGCAGUUGAAGAUAGUAUUAAAGAUAAAGAAAUUGAAUUUGAAGAAAAAGAAAAAUAUGAACAGCAAAGAUUAAAAAAACUUGAGCAAUGUCAUCUGAUGGUCGACAGUUGGAAGAAAGAAAUGUCAGAGUUGUCAACAACAGACGUUCAACCUCAGAUUGAUGAAAUAUCGAAAGAAAUUCACGUCGGGAUGAAAAAAAUAAACAACAUUGAAUUUGAUGUCAACACAUUGCAGGAAGAAAACCAAGGAAGAGUUAGAGAAAUGAAAGAUUGUGAUAGGAAGAUUGCUCACCUGAACAACCUGAGCAACAGACGGUUGGAAUGGUUGAAAAUGAUGAACAAAGACAUGUACGAAGCUGUCGAAUGGUUCAGAAAAAAUAAACAAAACUUUAAAGGAAAUGUCUAUGAACCAAUCAUGCUACUGUUGAACAUGACUGAUGAUAAAUGUGCCGAAAUACUUGAAAACCAUGUUGCAGUUCGAGAUAUGAUGGCGUUCGUUUGUGAGAAUCCUGAAGAUAAUGCUCUUCUUGUAUCUGAGCUUCGUGGGAAGCGAAAGUUAAAGAUCAACGUGGUAAAAGCACCAAGAGACAGGAACGGAAAAUUAAUUCAACCGAAAGAUUUCAAACCUCAGCGUCCUAUUGAGCAACUAAGUGAUUGGGGCUUCACAAGUUACCUCCGAGAAAUGUUCACAGCACCUGAUCCAGUAAUGUCAUUUCUAUGCAAACAAUAUGGGGUUCACAGGGUACCCAUCGGGACCCAGAAGACGAUGGAGAUUGUGGAGCAGGUGACAAAACACAGUGGCCAGAAUUUAUUUUAUAUUCCAUCCAUACAAAAACCUCGCAGUAAAGAAGUGAUCCCCGGAAUCCGUUUUUCUGUCAGAAAAUCAAAGUAUAGUGGAAACUCAACUGUUGCGAACAGGUCGUUAAAACAACCGAAUUAUCUCACAACCAAUGUUGAUCCUGAUCAAAUAUUAGAAGUGGAAAACAGGAAGAAGGAGCUGUACAAACUUAAUCAAGAAGUAACAGAAAAGAUAGCAGAUAUCCAACGACAGAAGAAAGUUCUAGAAAAACGAGAUAAUGAGUUACGAUCGCAAAAGAAGGAAUUACAGCAACUGAAAUCAAGAAAGAAAACUUUGGAAAAUAAUAUUCAGAUGAAGUUAAAAACAAUUGAAGAACUCCAGGCAUCCACUGUGGACAUUGAAUCGUUACGAAAGGAUCUGCGGAAAUCUCUCGGCAAAAUCUAUAUGGGAAAGAAACAGCUUGCCUUGAAGUUCUCGAAGAAUAUAAAGGAAUGUACAAUCCUGAGUUUGGACAAAGCACACACCACUGUAAAAUAUGUCGCAGCGAUUGCUGAGAAAAAUAAAAUUGAAGAAAAAAUAAGGCAGGGUCAUGCAAGGUUGUUGGAGAGCAGGAAGAAACUUGAGCAAGCAGAAGGAGACAAAAAAGACUCUCAAUUACGAGCGAAACAACUGCUCGUUGAAGCAAAACAAAAGACAGGCGGGGAAAAUUGUGAUGAAAUGAGGAAAGUUGGCGAAGAUUUGAUGAAAUUAUUCUCAACCCUACCAGAUACCGUAGAAGAGAUGGAUACAUUAAUACAUGACUUUAGAGCAAGAGCUGAAUGUUGUACUGCUACUGAUCCUCAGGUUGUUGAUGAAUACAAUCGUCGACAGAGAGAAAUUGAAGUUCUGCAGAAACGAGUCGACGAUUUACAAUCACGACUUAACAGAAGCCGAUCAGAGAUUGAUGAAGUUAGAACACGAUGGCUGACAUGCCUAAAGAAAUUAGUAACAGAAAUCAAUGGCAAGUUUUCCAAAUAUUUUGCACAAAUGGGAUGUGCAGGAGAGGUUGAUCUUCAUGCUGACAAUCCGGAGGAAUAUGACAAAUAUGGCAUCAGGAUCCGAGUGAAAUUCAGGAGUUCAUCAUCACUACAGGAACUGAACCCAUUUCGCCAAAGUGGUGGAGAGAGAAGCGUUUCUACAAUGCUGUACUUGAUGGCUUUACAGUCUCUCAGGAAAUGCCCGUUCCGACUUGUUGAUGAGAUAAAUCAGGGAAUGGAUCCAUACAAUGAGAGAAGGGUAUUUGAGAUUAUUGUCCGAUCAUCUUCUGAGAGAGACACGUCACAAUAUUUUCUAAUCACACCAAAGCUUUUGCCAAAUCUAACGUACAACGAACAUAUGACAGUGCAUUGUAUAUACAACGGUCAUUUCAUGUUGCCUUGUUCGCAAUGGAAGCUCAGUCGUUUCAAACGACGCAGACGACACUUACGUUACGAAGAUGAUGAUUGAGAUAGAAUUUCAAUUUUCGUUCAAAAUCUGGAAAUUUGAACUAAAAAGCCUAAAAAAGUGGCCGAAAGAAUAUAAGCCAUUUGUACUUUAUAGUUUGAUUCCGAAUUAAUGGAAAGUCAUGAUUUCAAGACACCUAUGCAUCUUCACUAAGGACAGAUUAUCGUCCGUGACAUGGAAAUGGUGCCAACACUUAUGGCGUGGCAUGAUGGCAUGAAAAAUGUUUUUGUGUUCACUGGGGACAGAUUUUACUUCGUGACAGGAAAAUAGUGCAAACCAUCACUUGGUGUGUUGUGGCAUGGUGUCACAUGACUUUAUGUGCCAUGUCACAAUAUUUCUUUACAAUUUGUCGGGCUUUUCGGCUGAAAUAGAUUAUUUGAUUUGUAGGUAAAGUUUGUCGUUUAUGUAGCCAGAACUAACACACUAUCCUCUUAAUCUAAGCCGUGGUAAAAUAUGGACAUUUUGAUUUAUUACAAACUUCUAAACUUCCUAUUCCCUUUGCAACGAGCAAAAAAUACUUCCAUAAGGUGUAUUCACAACAUGAUGGAAAUUGCCAACUUUGUGAAAAUCAAAUGCAGUACAACUAUUGUAACUGAGCUCAUUAGUAAUCCACACUUGACAUCUUUUUUUGUGUCAAAAUGAAAAACUGUUCAAGUGUUCAUUUGCAAGUUGCUGUAGGUCUUCCCAUCCUCGUCUUUAAAAAUUUAGCUUCCGUCAAAUUUUAUACAGGACACUUUGAGUUUUGCAUCAACCCAGAACAUACACCAUCAUUUAUAACAGGGUUGUGCAACCUGCGGGCCGGUCUGCAAAGAAAAAAUUAAUAGCCAUGCGGAGAAACGCCAAUUUGAAUGGUGUGCGGCUCGCGAAACACGGUUACACCCAGUUAUUUGUAGCUGGUCCUCCUGUUUUAAAGGUUGCACAUGCCUAUUUAUAACACUUAACCAUAAAAACUAUGGACCCAAUCAGUUGGAUCUCGUUGCAAGGUUUCAUUUCAAUGUGACUUCUAUCAAUUAUUGCACUAAGUGAAAUAUGAUCACAUACUGGAAAUGGAUUAACAGUGGUUUCAACCUACGAUCUCUUACAUGUCAACAAUAAUUAAGCUUACAAUCUUGUUAUGAUAAUAUUCUACCAUUGUAAUCAAUGGAGCAUGACCAGUCAGAAUAUUUUUCAUUCUAAUUGUCAAUGGAGCAUGACCAGUCAGCAUUAUUUCAUCUGUACUAGGUGCUCACUAUUGUCCAUGAUCUUGUAAAGCAGGGGUCGGCAAACUUUUGUCAUUCGCGGGCCAAAAUUAAAGGUUGCAAGUCAUUGACGGGCCGCACAUAUUUUAGAAAGUUAAAAACCGAAGUAAUGGCCAAUGAAUCACAUCUUU